CAGCUUUCUGAAGCAAACACUCGUUUUGAAGAUGUUUAACAAAACAUUUGGAACCCCCUUUGGGGGUGGCACAGGAGGCUUUGGCACAACUUCAACAUUUGGACAAAAUACUGGCUUUGGUACUACCAGUGGAGGAGCUUUUGGAACAUCUGCAUUUGGUUCUAGCAACAAUACUGGAGGCUUAUUUGGAAAUUCACAGACCAAACCAGGAGGAUUGUUUGGUACCAAUUCAUUUAGCCAGCCGGCAACCUCCACAAGCACUGGCUUUGGAUUCGGCACAUCAACAGGAACAUCCAAUAGCUUGUUUGGAACUGCAAGUACAGGGAGCAGUCUUUUCUCAUCCCAGAACAAUGCGUUUGCACAAAACAAACCAACUGGCUUUGGGAAUUUUGGAACCAGUACUAGCAGUGGAGGACUCUUUGGAACUACAAAUACCACCUCUAAUCCUUUUGGUAGCACAUCUGGCUCUCUCUUUGGGCCAAGUAGUUUCACAGCAGCACCUACAGGAACUACCAUUAAAUUUAAUCCGCCCACUGGGACGGAUACUAUGGUCAAAGCUGGAGUUAGCACUAACAUCAGUACCAAGCAUCAGUGUAUUACUGCUAUGAAAGAGUAUGAAAGCAAGUCACUGGAGGAACUUCGUUUGGAGGAUUAUCAGGCUAACCGGAAAGGCCCACAGAACCAAGUGGGAGCAGGUACCACGGCUGGCUUAUUUGGGUCUUCUCCAGCCACGUCCAGUGCAACAGGACUCUUCAGCUCCUCUACCACUAAUUCAGCCUUUUCAUAUGGUCAGAACAAAACUGCCUUUGGAACUAGUACAACUGGAUUUGGAACCAAUCCAGGCGGUCUCUUUGGCCAACAGAAUCAGCAGACCACCAGUCUCUUCAGCAAACCAUUUGGCCAAGCUACAACCACUCCAAGUACUGGCUUUUCCUUUGGUAAUACCAGCACCCUUGGACAGCCGAGCACCAAUACAAUGGGCCUGUUUGGAGUAACCCAAGCCUCACAGCCAGGAGGUCUUUUUGGAACAUCUACAAACACCAGCACUGGGACGGCAUUUGGAACAGGAACAGGUCUCUUUGGGCAGCCCAGUACUGGAUUUGGUGCAGUUGGUUCGACCCUGUUUGGCAAUAACAAGCUUACAACUUUUGGAACCAGCACAACCAGUGCUCCUUCAUUUGGUACAACCAGUGGCGGGCUCUUCGGUAACAAACCAACCCUGACUUUAGGAACCAAUACAAACACUUCCAAUUUUGGUUUUGGCACAAAUAAUAGUGGGACUAGUAUUUUUGGAAGUAAACCAGCACCCGGGACUCUGGGAACUGGACUUGGUACAGGAUUUGGGACAGCUCUUGGUGCUGGACAGGCAUCUUUGUUUGGAAACAACCAACCUAAGAUUGGAGGGCCUCUUGGUACAGGAGCCUUUGGGGCCCCUGGAUUUAAUACUACGACAGCCAUUUUGGGCUUUGGCGCCCCCCAGGCCCCAGUAGCUUUGACAGAUCCAAAUGCUUCUGCUGCCCAGCAGGCUGUUCUCCAGCAGCACCUUAAUAGUCUAACAUACUCACCCUUUGGAGACUCGCCUCUCUUCCGGAAUCCUAUGUCAGAUCCUAAGAAGAAAGAAGAGAGACUGAAACCAACCAAUCCAGCAGCUCAGAAGGCUCUUACUACACCUACUCAUUAUAAACUUACACCUCGCCCUGCCACGAGAGUCAGGCCAAAGGCUUUGCAAACAACAGGUACAGCCAAAUCACAUCUCUUUGAUGGGCUGGAUGACGAUGAACCAUCCUUAGCCAACGGAGCAUUCAUGCCCAAAAAGAGCAUCAAGAAGUUGGUUUUGAAAAAUCUAAACAAUAGCAAUCUCUUUUCUCCUGUUAAUCAUGAUUCAGAAGAUCUAGCUUCACCAUCUGAGUAUCCAGAAAAUGGAGAGAGAUACAGCUUCCUGAGCAAACCUGUUGAUGAGAACCAUCAGCAGGAUGGAGAGGAUGACUCUCUUGUAUCACGUUUUUACACUAAUCCUAUUGCCAAACCCAUUCCUCAAACCCCAGAUAGUGCCGGAAACAAAAAUAACAGCAGCAGCAGUGUGGAAGAUACCAUUGUUGCUUUGAACAUGCGUGCUGCUUUGCGCAGCGGACUUGAAGGAAGCAGCGAAGAAGCAUCUUUCCAUGAUGAGUCACUGCAAGAUGCCCGAGAAGAGAUAGGAAACAACCCUUAUCAUGUACAUCCAGCAGGCAUUGUUCUCACAAAAGUUGGUUACUAUACUAUUCCAUCCAUGGAUGACCUUGCUAAAAUUACCAAUGAAAAGGGAGAAUGCAUUGUUUCUGACUUUACCAUUGGUCGUAAAGGGUAUGGCUCAAUCUAUUUUGAAGGAGAUGUUAAUUUGACAAAUCUUAAUUUGGAUGAUAUUGUGCAUAUCCGAAGGAAAGAAGUUAUUGUCUACGUAGACGAUAACCAGAAGCCACCUGUGGGUGAAGGGCUAAAUAGGAAGGCUGAAGUUACGUUGGAUGGAGUUUGGCCAACAGAUAAAACAUCCCGGUGUUUAAUAAAGAGUCCAGAUCGACUUGCUGAUAUCAACUAUGAGGGGAGAUUGGAAGCAGUCUCAAGGAAGCAGGGGGCCCAGUUCAAGGAGUACCGGCCUGAAACUGGUUCUUGGGUGUUUAAGGUCUCCCAUUUUUCUAAAUAUGGCCUUCAGGAUUCUGAUGAAGAGGAGGAGGAGCACCCACCCAAAACUACUUCAAAGAAGUUGAAGACUGCCCCUUUACCCCCUGCAGGCCAGGCAGCCACUUUCCAGAUGACUCUUAAUGGCAAACCUGCACCUCCACCUCAGAGCCAGAGCCCAGAAGUGGAGCAGUUAGGACGAGUUGUGGAGCUGGACAGUGACAUGGUGGACAUCACUCAGGAGCCACUUGCGGACUCUGUGUUGGAAGAGAGUGCGCCUGAGGACCAGGAGCCUGUGUCAGCCUCAACACACAUUGCAUCUUCGCUGGGCAUUAACCCGCAUGUUCUACAGAUCAUGAAAGCGUCACUGCUUGUUGAUGAAGAAGAUGUAGAUGCCAUGGACCAGCGCUUCAGUCACUUCCCUUCCAAAGGAGAUACUGUACAAGAAAUCUGCUCUCCUAGACUCCCCAUCUCAGCCUCCCACUCAGCAAAGUCCCGCUCCAUAGUUGGUGGGUUGCUGCAGUCAAAACUUGCAAGUGGAGCUUUUCUCUCACCAAGUGCCUCCAUGCAAGAAUGUCGCACUCCCAGAGCAUCAUCGCUAAUGAAUGUCCCGUCCACAUCCCCCUGGUCUGUUCCUCUGCCCCUGGCCACUGUGUUCACCGUGCCCAGCCCAGCUCCUGAGGUUCAGCUAAAAACCGUGGGAAUUCGCAGGCAACCAGGUCUAGUCCCUCUUGAGAAGUCUGUCACAUAUGGCAAGGGGAAACUCUUGAUGGACAUGGCCCUGUUCAUGGGACGCUCGUUUCGGGUCGGCUGGGGCCCCAACUGGACUCUUGCUAACAGUGGAGAGCAGCUGCACGGCUCUCGUGAACUAGAAAAUCAUCAGGUCGCUGACUCCAUGGAAUACGGAUUUCUGCCCAAUCCAGUAGCUGUUAAAUCUCUAUCUGAAUCCCCAUUCAAAGUUCAUUUGGAAAAACUUGGCUUAAGACAAAAGAAGCUGGAUGAAGAUCUGCAGUUAUACCAGACACCGCUGGAGCUCAAAUUAAAACAUAGCACUGUCCAUGUAGACGAGCUGUGUCCUCUCAUUGUCCCCAAUCACGGCGUUUCAGUAAUUCAUGAUUAUGCAGAUUGGGUUAAGAACGCACCCAGAGAGUUACUGGAAGUACAAAUUGUGAAGCACUGGAGCCUGACAUGGACAUUAUGUGAAGCCCUGUGGGGCCACCUGAAGGAGCUUGACAACCAGCUGGAGGAGCCCACUGAAUACAUUCAGAUUCUGGAGCGCAGAAGAGCUUUUUCCCACUGGCUGUCCCAAACUGCUGCCCCACAAAUUGAAGAAGAAGUUUCCUUAACCCGAAGAGACAGUCCCAUAGAGGCUGUCUUCAGCUACCUCACGGGCAGUAGGAUUAGCGAGGCCUGUUCUCUCGCACAGCAGUCAGGUGACCAUCGUCUUGCCCUUCUUCUGUCUCAGUUGGUGGGUAGCCAGUCAGUCCGGGAGCUGCUCACCAUGCAGCUAGCCGAUUGGCAUCAGCUCCAGGCUGACUGCUUCAUCCAGGGUGAACGACUGCGCGUGUUUGCCCUGCUGGCUGGGAGACCG